UAUCUUCAACUCUUAAAAGAAAAGGAACUGAUCAAUCUUAUAAUUAGCAGACAGACAUAUAUGGAUGAUCAGAAUCAUGAUCACGAUGUGUGUCUCGGGCUCGGGCUCGGCCCGGCCUCCAUGUCCAAAUCGGACAUUAAUCCGAGGAAGAUCAUCAACGACAAGCGCGUGUUGUUCCUCGAAUCGAGCACGACGACGAGAUCGAGCAAAGACGAAGAAGAUACCAAUUCUUCCAUUGAUGGUUGCAGCAGAAAGAAACUAAGGCUUACAAGAGAUCAGACAACCUUAUUAGAAGACAGCUUCAGACGCCACACUACACUCAAUACGGCUCAGAAACAGUCGCUUGCAGAGAAGCUGGAUCUGAAACCGAGACAAGUGGAAGUUUGGUUUCAAAACCGAAGAGCGAGGACGAAAUUGAAGCAGAUAGAGGUGGAGUGCGAGUACCUGAGGAAGAAUUGCGACAGGUUGACGGAAGAGAAUCGGAAAUUGAAGAGAGAGCUGUCGGAGCUCCGGUCGUCGUCGCUGAGAGUAGAGAGUCCUCCGGCCGCCGGCGGCGUUUGUGCAAUGGCACGAGAAAAAUGGGGAAAAUAGGGGCGGCGGCGGAAGAGGCGGCGCAGCCGCCAUGGAAGGUGGUCCUGAGCUCCGAUUUAGGGGGUUAUAAUUUAACCCUAAUACGGCCCCUAAUAAUGAUGAGAAGAAAGCUAAACCCUAUAAAUAUAUAUAUAUUAGGGUUUGUAGGAAGAGGAAAAAUUUAAGUUGGUAUUUUUAUACGUAUACACACACGUACGACUU